AUGGCAACAGAAGCUGCCGGAUAUGGGAUGUUUCAGAGAGUAUAUGGAGGUUGCAUAUCCACAGACGACAUGGGUGUUCGAAGAAGGCCCUACCAUCACAACUGCAGUUGCGCUAUUCAUAAAUCGGGUGGUGGUAAUUGCUCCCAUCUCGCUAAAGUGUCUUACCCAAUCAGGAGGUGUUGGAGUGAAGGUUCCAUGAUGGCUAUAAAGUCCAUGGCUUCUCCAGACUCCUCGCCCUGUUCUUCUUCUUCACCUAUGGUGGCUGCUUCCGUCACCAUCAAGGAUUCCCAACCACCGAGCUUGCCAAUCACAGUUGCAAAUGAUUCAUGA